GAGAAAUGGUUUAUUGGUCAUAGUCAUCUAUAAGACAAUGCGCGAAUAAGAAACCAACUUCAGUGAAUAAGAAACCAAGUUCAGCCUCGUUAUUUCUUCCUGACAUAUCCUGAGUGAGUCACGUGAUAUUUCUCAUACAUCCGAUAGACGACGUGACGCACUCUCCGUCUUCCGAGGAAUACCGCAGGCAGUGUGCACUUGCCGGGUGACGGCAGAAGGUGUCCAGCACGCGGAUGACCUCACGUCACAUGCUCCCACCAAUCAGAGCUUCAGUCAGCGCAGUGACGUCAUACCUUCAGCAGAGGCUCCGCCCCCACCCCGUUCGCCAGUGUCCCUGUUCUCUCCCUCCCAGGUCUCCAAAGCUCCCCGCCGGGACCAAUCAGAUCGGCAGCUCGGCGAGGGAAAGGCGACGGAUGAGGCCCGCACGGUCGGGCAUUAUGAAAGACCUCGCCGCCAGCCCUUCCGGUUUAUCGUCCCCCAACCCUCCAGCUCAGGAGGUCAAGGCAGAGGGAAACAGCAAGAAGAGAAAGCUCACCAACAGCAGCAGUAGCGGGGCUGACAGGGACGACUUCGACCCCAUCUCCCCGCCCAAGAACUCCAACCACAUCCAGAAGAAGCUGAGGUUUGAGGACACUCUGGACUUUCUAGGACUCGAUGUGAAGAUGGCUGAGGAGUCCCCCUCCUCCUCCUCCUCGUCUACCCCCCAGCCCCUGCGGAGUAAGAACCUGCUCAUCUCUCCGGUGGGCGCAGGGCAUCACGCCAACGGGCUCACCAAAGCCUCUCCUGUCUCCAGCUUCGCCAACAACAAGCCGGGCUCUGCCAAGAAGUUAGUCAUCAAGAACUUUAAAGAAAAACCAAAACUGCCUGAAAACUACACUGAUGAAACCUGGCAGAAGCUGAAAGAAGCAGUCGAUGCCAUUGAAAAUAGCACUUCAAUAAAAUACAACUUAGAAGAAUUAUACCAGGCUGUUGAAAACCUUUGCUCUUAUAAAAUUUCUGCAAACCUCUACAAACAAUUGAGACAGAUAUGUGAAGACCACAUCAAAGCACAAAUCCAUCAGUUCAGAGAAGAUUCUUUGGAUAGUGUUCUCUUCCUAAAGAAAAUAGACAAAUGUUGGCAGGAUCAUUGCAGACAAAUGAUAAUGAUUAGAAGUAUUUUCCUAUUUCUGGAUCGUACCUAUGUUCUUCAGAAUUCCAUGCUGCCUUCUAUAUGGGACAUGGGUCUAGAACUAUUUAGAACUCACAUAAUAAGUGAUCAAAAAGUUCAGAACAAGACGAUUGAUGGCAUCCUACUAUUAAUUGAGAGAGAGAGGAAUGGAGAAGCCAUUGACAGGAGUCUGUUAAGAAGUCUUCUUAGUAUGCUUUCUGACCUACAAAUUUACCAAGAUUCAUUUGAGCACAGAUUCUUAGAAGAAACAAAUCGUCUGUACGCUGCUGAAGGCCAAAGGCUCAUGCAAGAAAGAGAGGUCCCAGAGUAUCUUCAUCAUGUAAACAAACGCUUAGAAGAAGAAGCAGAUCGUGUUAUUACAUAUUUGGAUCAAAGCACACAGAAACCUUUAAUUGCCACAGUUGAAAAGCAACUUCUUGGUGAACACUUAACUACAACUCUCCAGAAAGGUUUGAAUCACCUUCUGGAUGAAAACAGAAUCCAAGACCUCUCCUUGCUUUAUCAGUUGUUUAGCAGAGUCCGAGGUGGAGUGCAGGUUCUUCUGCAGCACUGGAUUGAGUACAUAAAGGCAUUUGGAAGCACCAUAGUGAUAAAUCCAGAAAAAGAUAGAACUAUGGUACAAGAACUGCUGGACUUCAAAGACAAAGUUGACCACGUAAUCGAUGUGUGUUUUAUGAAGAAUGAGAAGUUUGUCAAUGCCAUGAAAGAAGCAUUUGAAACUUUUAUCAACAAGAGACCAAACAAGCCAGCAGAACUUAUUGCAAAAUAUGUGGAUUCUAAAUUACGAACUGGAAACAAAGAAGCAACAGAUGAGGAGUUGGAGAAAAUGCUGGAUAAGAUUAUGAUCAUCUUUAGGUUUAUUUACGGAAAAGAUGUCUUUGAGGCCUUCUACAAAAAGGACUUGGCCAAGAGGCUCUUGGUGGGGAAAAGUGCUUCUGUGGAUGCUGAAAAGUCUAUGCUUUCCAAGCUCAAACAUGAAUGUGGAGCUGCUUUUACUAGCAAACUUGAAGGAAUGUUUAAAGACAUGGAGUUGUCUAAAGACAUAAUGGUUCACUUUAAACAGUAUAUGCAGAAUCAGAAUGUACCGGGUAACAUGGAGUUAACUGUGAAUAUCUUAACAAUGGGUUACUGGCCAACCUACGUGCCUAUGGAAGUUCACCUACCUCCUGAGAUGGUAAAACUGCAAGAAAUAUUCAAAACAUUUUACCUUGGAAAGCACAGUGGUAGGAAGUUACAGUGGCAGUCCACAUUAGGGCAGUGCGUCUUAAAAGCAGAAUUCAAUGAGGGUAGAAAAGAAUUACAAGUUUCGCUUUUCCAAACACUGGUUCUGCUCAUGUUUAAUGAGGGUGAGGAGUUUAGUUUUGAAGACAUAAGGCAGGCCACUGGUAUAGAGGAUAGUGAAUUAAGAAGAACCCUUCAGUCAUUGGCCUGUGGGCGAGCCAGAGUUCUUACCAAGAAUCCAAGGAGUAAAGAUGUAGAUGAUGGAGACAAGUUCACAUUCAAUGAUGACUUCAAGCAUCAGCUUUUCAGGAUAAGGAUUAAUCAGAUUCAGAUGAAAGAAACGGUGGAGGAACAAGCCAGCACUACAGAGCGAGUCUUUCAGGACCGGCAGUACCAAAUUGAUGCAGCCAUUGUUCGAAUCAUGAAGAUGAGGAAAACACUUAGCCACAAUCUUUUGGUGUCAGAGGUGUACAACCAGCUUAAAUUCCCAGUGAAGCCUGCAGAUCUCAAGAAAAGAAUAGAAUCCUUAAUAGACAGGGACUACAUGGAAAGAGACAAAGAGAAUCCCAACCAGUACAAUUAUGUUGCAUAAUAAGAAAUGUUGCAGCCUUUGUCUUGAUGGGCCCCUAGCGGAUAAUAAAAUAGCUUGAUCCCAUUAACUUGUUAAACCAUUGAUAACUGAAUCCUGCAUAAAGAAGACUUGAGCAGAUUAUUAUUUUUUUUGCAAUUUGAAAAACCUCUUUUUAAAGAUUACACUCGAUAAGAAUGCUGUUGAACUCUUUUGCAUGUUCUUUAGAAUGAUGUGUCCUGGGUAUUCCCUGGGUUGUAAUCUGCUGGACACGCUGAAGAUUACAUGGCCAUAUUCCAUCAUUUUUCAUCUCCUCAUAAAGCUAAAUGGGAAAUCGACAUGGUAUCAUCUGAUCAUUGAAUCUGCAUUCAAGCAAGCAAAAGUUGUGUGCAAAAAAGGCUUGCUGAAGCCCCAGUGAGUAAAGCCUGACCUGGAUAUCUGACUUUUUAUUUUUUUUUACCACUUCAAAAACAAAAGCCUAAACAUGUUCCUGUAACGUCAUCUUUUCAUGUGAGCCUAAGUGCUAGCUUGUACUGUAAACUCUCCUAUGUGUGUGUACCAAGCUAAGAUGUAUAGGAAGAAUCAUUGUACAUUUUCUUUGGGCUGAACAUGUUGUGAUCUAGGUGAUUGUACGGUGGAGGCUUGUUUUGUUUUGAGUGAAGAAUGACUUCAGCCUACAAAUUUGGCUGGACUUUACAAAAUCCCACACUAACUUCCUGUCUGUGCAGGAUUUCAUGGAGAGAAGUCUGCAACCAAGUGAUCAGUCACAGCAUUUAUGUAGUGGCUUCCUACAAUACAUGCCCAAUUCAAUUGGCUUUUUAAUUGGCCUUUGACUGGUUUGGUGUUGGGCGCGUGGAUUGUAUGCAAUGUGAAUUCACUUAAGGGGUUUGUGAAUUUUGUGCCUUUUUAUCAGAGACUCCAAUUGAAUUUAUUGCUAAAAGUGUAUGUCUUUAGGAAAAAAAAUAGGUAUAUAUAUAUAUAUAUAUAUAUAUAAUAUUUUUUUUUAUACAGGGUAGAUAUUUUUUAAUUUUUUUUUCUUUUUAAAUUUUCAUUUUACAAAUCCAGGAUAGAAGAUAGAUUUCCUCCUAAUUAUUGUGCUGCAGAAGCACUUCCACAUGCAGCCAUUUACAUUCUUAUUUGAAUUUGCCUCCACCUAUCAGCUUGUUCUCUAGCCAGGUCUGAACAGUUCCUGAGUUUUAUUCCCUGAGCAGUAUCCUUGGUUUUCUUAAGAUGUUCUCGGUUGCCUGAGCACCUUGUAGUAGUUGGAGUGGUACUUAGAACUCAGUAAUGACCUUGUAAACAUCUAGAACCUCUGUCAGUGUUCCUUCAAAUAUUGGCAAAUGAACCCUAAAUCUAAUGGCUGUAUUAGAAUAGUCUACAGUAUUUGUUGCUGGGCUUUAAUGUGAUGCAUCUUUUCAUGCUGGAGGAAGGAAUAGUGUUCAACUGAAAGUGCAGAAAAAUCACAGCUUUAGCUCCUAUGUACCCAGUGUAAGGAAUCUCUUUUAACAUGCUCACACCUGAAUGUUCACAACCAUUUCUAUUAUUCCAGUGCAUCUAAAAUAAAGCAAAUAUAUACUUAAUUUGAUGUUUAGUAUCUACAGCUCCUAUGCAUGUCUGUGUAACUAUGGCGACAGACUACAAACAACCUGUGUAGUCUGCUCUUGCAGUACUUCUUAACCUACUAACUGUAUAUAAGCAAGCAGUAGAAAGCAGAUACAGGAAUUUGACUCAAAUUGAAGAGUUUUAUCUGUUACCAUGGAGACAGUAAUCUACAUAUGAGCUGUAGACACAAGAGGAAAGUGAACAAGAAGUCAGAUGUUGUAAAUGUUGCCUUCCUACUAAGUUCUGCAACAUUAGAAACCCAAAGCAUGCAAUUCUCUAAGCUGUGGAUCUAAUCUGCUAUUCUCAGUGAGCACUCACCUUCACUUGACUACAAGGAAAGUCUUUGUUUUUAAGAUGAUUUGAGAUGAUUCUUGUCCACUGGAGCCUUCUUUUUUCAUACCCUUAAAGGGGUACUCUGGGGAAAUAAGACUAUCCCCUCUCCACAGGAUACGGGAUUAGUUUCUGAUCGCAGGGUUCAAACAUUAAGGCUCCUGUGAUCUCUUGUAUGGGGGCUGGCUACUCACUCGACCAUGGCGUGUUCCAGCCCCCACCAGUGACAGCCCACUCAUCAAAUCACUGGUUCAGCCAGACCUACAAUGAUUAGAAACUUAUCCCUUAUGCUCUGAAUGGGGUAUUCGAUGAAGAGAAAAAAAAAAUGUUUUUCAUAUCAACUAGCUCCAGUAAGUUACAGAUUUGUAAAUAACUUCUAUUAAAAAAUCUUAAUCCUACCAGUACUUAUCAGCUGCUGAAGUUGAGUUGUCCUUUUCGGUCUGACAACAGUGCUCUCUGCGGACUUCUGUCUCACGAACUGACCAGAGAAGGAUAGGUUUGCUAUGGGUAUUUGCUGCUACUCUGGACCGUUCCUGAGACAGAGGUGUCAGCAGAGAGCACUGUCAGACAGAAAAGAACUUAAUCCUACCAGUACUUAUCAGCUGCUGAAGUUGAGUUGUCCUUUUCGGUCUGACAACAGUGCUCUCUGCGGACUUCUGUCUCACGAACUGACCAGAGAAGGAUAGGUUUGCUAUGGGUAUUUGCUGCUACUCUGGACCGUUCCUGAGACAGAGGUGUCAGCAGAGAGCACUGUCAGACAGAAAAGAACUUAAUCCUACCAGUACUUAUCAGCUGCUGAAGUUGAGUUGUCCUUUUCGGUCUGACAACAGUGCUCUCUGCGGACUUCUGUCUCACGAACUGACCAGAGAAGGAUAGGUUUGCUAUGGGUAUUUGCUGCUACUCUGGACCGUUCCUGAGACAGAGGUGUCAGCAGAGAGCACUGUCAGACAGAAAAGAACAACUUAAUCCUACCAGUACUUAUCAGCUGCUGAAGUUAAGAUUUUUUUAAUAGAAGUAAUUUACAAAUCGGUUUAACUUUCUGGAGCCAGUUUAUAUGAAAAAAAAAAUUUCUUCAUGGAAUACCCUGGUUUAUUUCCCUGGUGUACCCCUUUAAAAUAAAUGACUUUUCUCUGCUAUUGUUUUUUUAAAACCCUUGACAGCUCAGAGUUCUUCCUCCAUAAUGUAUCUUGAUUUGUACUUGAAUGUAGCGUGCAUUAAAUGCAAUUGCUGGUAAUAAUUGCCAAGCUUGCAUUAAUCUCUCUGCUUUCCUCUUACAAAUGCUGUUAAUUUUUUUUAUUUUCUGUGGAGCUUUUCUUCUUUUUAACUUAUUUACUGAUAACUAUCUGCAUUAUUUUCCUCUUAAAGAACCAGGCAUUGUUACUGUUUGGGGAAACUGAAAUAUACAGUUAUUUUUUGUGUAGAUGUCGCAAAUGUGCCAAAAAGUGCAUCAAGUUAUCAGUCACAACUAAAAAAUGUUUGUUUUACAAUGCAGAUUGUUUUACAGAGAUCUAAUCCUGUCACCUCCUUUUGGAACAUUUAGGUUUUAAGUUUUUAAGUAUAACAUGUAUAUAGAACAUGAUUUUCUCUUUCAAGCGUUUAGAGGCAAUCACAGCUUUAAGCAUAUUGUAGCUGCAAAGUUAGGAACAGAUGUGCCAGACAUGGGCAACAAGCGAACCCCAGUAAAAUGUCACCACCUUUCCGCAGAUGUCUGUACAGCUGGCUCUUCUCUUACGGACUUGUAGAGAAGGCUUCAAGUAUAAUGUGCACACCUCACCUGCUGAAGAGUACAGCAGCAUUCAGAAAUGUAAUUUACCUUUUUAUUUUACUGUUUUCCAAAUGAGGAGUUAACAUGCCUCCUUUUUUUUAUUAUUGUUUGGGGAGCAUAUUCACUAAAUUGUAGAUUUCGGAAAUUGUAUCUGUUCACUUUAUUAAUGCUCAAUGCAAAUGAAAAGGAAUGUGAGCUCAUCGCAUCCUUUUAAGGCAGAGGUUGAAACCUUUUUAAUGUUUCAUAAAACAAAUGUGACAAGGGUACAAGGUCAAGUUGAUGAUAAAUAAUGUAAAUAUGUGUCCCUUCAAAGAAGAGUGAGUCUGUAUCUAGGUAUUUUGUGUCAUUUAAUAAAUAUUAAGCAGUUUUGUGUUGCUAAAA